AUGACCGCCAAAGCAACCAUCAGCUUCUCGCAGCCGGGCGUGCAACCACCGGUAUAUGUUGUCACGCCCCUCAGCAAUCCGCCAUGGGAGACACUUGAAUUGACCGUGGAUGAUGAGAAGAUGCCUUCUGGCGACCUCGUCUUUACUCGGCAUUUCAAUGAUGUCGGCGAGGGCAGCUACCAAUACAAGAUCCGCAUUGGAGAGGGCUAUUGGGUUCUGGACGAGUCAAAAGAGACUGCCACGGACGAACAAGGCAACCGCAACAACGUGAUCCAUGCCAAGGGUCCCCCACCUAAUAUCCGCAAGGACAGCACGACGGACGCCAGCGCAUUGUCCCAGCUACCGAGCUCCCCGGUUCCAUUCGUUGUGGUAGAGAAAGCCGCGGAUCAAGAGCAACCAGAUGUUGGCGAUGCAGAGCCACAAAAGUUACCCGUCGAUGCUGAUAAACGCGCCGCCGACGCCGAACCCGACUUUGAAGAGACCAAGGCAAGCUCUCCAGUCGAUGCGGACCCGCCGGAGCUGCCGGAGGUACCUCUGCUCGUUGUUGAGAAAACAGACAAUGAGCCUACAUAUGGAGACGAUUUCGGCGAUGACGCCACGACGGCUCAGAAGGUAGCACACGAAAUGAGAGCUGCGGAUGCAUCGCCUGAUAAGCUCGUGAUCACCCCAGAAGAUCAUGUGGAGCCUAGCACAAAGGAAGAGGAAUCUGCUCCCUUAUUUGAACACGAAACCUAUCAAACAGGCGAGCAACUACCAGAAUCUCCGUCGAUGGAGACCCCCGACGAAGAGUCUGUUCAAUCGUCCACGGACCAAACGAGCUCUAGUGGUAUUGUCCACACGCCCUCUGAAGCUGACGAGUCGCAAGAAGAUAAUGAAUUCAGCCAUGCGCCUCUGCUUCCCCAUGAGACAGGGCUUGGUAAUAGGGCUAGCGAGUUCGACCGUGUUCCACUACUCUCCCACGAGAUGGAGGACGGCACCGAUGAGUUUAGCAAUGGACCUCUUCUCUCGCACGAGACUGGCUUUAAAAAUGAUAGCGCAAUACACAGCGAUGAUGGGGAUGAGCUUGCCAAAUCCCCACUUCUAUCGCAUGAAACCGGGUUUCCGCAAUCUAAGGGUAGCGAUAUCGUCACCGAGUACAGCGAAGAGGAUUUGGAGCCACAGCCUUACACGCGGUUCGACGAUAGUCAUGAGGAGGAAAAUGGCGUUCCCCUCUUACCCCAUGAGCGCGAUAUGAGAGCUGCUAGCAUCUCCGGUUCUGAGCGGUCUAUGGAUGAUGGUUUGUUCCUCCCCAACGCACAGCCAUCAUUUGGGUACGAAACCUCUAACGCCAGGGGGCUUUUUGGUGGAGGCGGACGCUCUUCUAUCUUUAGAACAGGAACUGACAGUAGCUCCCUUCCGCACAAGCUGCCCAAGUCUGAUGAAGAGGACGACAACCUGCACGACGCUUCGCUUGAGCCCUUCCCUACUAGCCGCGAGCAGAUCCUCGAACGAGUGGCAACCAUUGGUCAUCACCUCCCAGAAGACCAAGUCGUCGACGAGCAGCAUUCCCCGCAGAUGUCUGUCAUGUCUCAGGCGUGCUCUUCGGUUGAUCUUAGGCAGAUCAAUUCGUAUGCAUCACUACCAUCUGUUCUAGAAGAAGGUGACGACGACGAGUAUGAGGCUGCGGGAGACUUCGGCUCACCAGUGAUGAUGGGUGGUCGUCAUACUCGGGUUCCAAACUCGUUCUUUGGUUUUGCACGGGACCCAAAUGCUACGCCUGUGUCAGAGGACAAUCGACGUCUGGAGUUAGUCGAAGAAGUUGAGGCUGAUGAGCCAAACACUCAUACAGCCGAGUCUAGUGAGGCUAGUAGUUUGGGCAAGAACGACGGAGCUAAGGACCUACCAACUCCUUUGGCUAAGUUGGUCGAUUCAGCGGCCACUCCCGCCAAAGUUUUGAAUUCAUUGAUCGCACCGCUCACGCCGAAAGUCGGAUCCACAUCGACCGACAAAGAGACCUCCGAGUCGGAACCUCGCCAGCGCCGUGAACUAGAGAAGGAUUCUGCGAAUGUAACUACAACCCCAUCAGCCCCUUCCGAGGAUACCAAGAACAGCAUCAAAGACAAGGUCGCUCGUAUAGUCUCGCCUGACGCGCUUCAGCGACUCGAUCGGCCUCAUAAGAGCUUCCUACAGAAUUUGUUACGCGUUGUGUUCCGCCCUGCUAGGUGA